CGAGCGGUCGUCGAUGGUGGAGACUGCGAUCUGCUCGUCUCGUGGUGGAGCGGAUGGCCGGGACCAGGCAGUCAAGACGUCGUGGCUGUAGGAUCAGCUAAGCCAUCCAUCCACCUCCCAGCUCUCUCCCCAUCUCUUCCCCGGCUGCGGAAUCCUAACCAACCUCUCCUGCAAACUUCGUAAAAACCCGGCGGCGAGACCUGACUGCAAGAACGAGAGAGAGAGAGAGAGAGCGAAGAAGAAGAAGGAAUAGAAGAAGGAGAAGAAGUAGAAGAAGAGAAGAGAAGAACUACAAUCAAAGAGAGAAGACGGGAUGAAGCUCUCCAGCAGGUGCAUAACGGCAGGAUGUGUUCCCCUGAGCGUCAUGUGCGUGUUGUUGAUGGCGACCCUGGGUAUCGAAAGUGGCUUAGCUCUUAAGACUCCAGACGAAACUAUGAAGCUUUCGAAGGAAGAUCUGCAGUUUCUGUUUGGAAAUAAAGAAGCCCCACCUCACUCCAUCAUCAACAUCCGCACUCGCCCUCGAGAAAAACGCUCCUCCUCCACUCUGACCGAUAGUCCGGGUCUUCUCGACGUCGUCCUUGAAGAUGAGGAGGACCAGAUCGAGUUCGAACUCCACCCCAACAGCCUCCUGGUGUCGCCUCACUUCACCCUCGUGGUCCGGGAUGACGAGGGGGUGACGGAGGACAGGGGAGUCACCCUUCCCUCGUGCAUUUACGUGGGGGAGGCCAAGGGGAACCCUCAGACGACGGCGGCGCUCUCGAACUGCGACGGACACGGCUUCGGACGAGAAGCAUUUCCCUUGUACCAAACUCAGGGCAAAAAGUCUUAG